AUGGUUCUUUUCUUUUCCCAAAAAGAAACAGAGAAAGAGAGAGAAGCGUACCGUCAGAGAACAGCUGCGUUCCAGCAGGAUCUUGAAGCUAACUACCAUGCCAUGAUCUCAGAGAAUCGGCGUGCUGUUGCUCAGCUGUCUUUGGAACUUGAAAAGGAACAAAACAGAACGACUAGUUACCGAGAAGCCCUUAUCUCUCAGGGGUGCAGGUUGGUAGAAGAAAAGAAGCUGCUGGAACAGGAACGGGCUCAGGUCAUGCAAGAAAAGAGACAGUUGCAGCCCUUGAGAAAUGCAUAUCUGAGCUGCCUGGAAAAGGAAGAAGACUGGCAAAGGAGAGCCAGGCUUCUGCUGAAAGAGUUUGAAGAUGCUCUGACAGAAAGACAGAAUAUCUACUGCAGUCUGAUUCUCCCUCGCAACAAGAGACUAAAAAUAGAGAAGAGCUUGCUGGUUCGAGCAUCCACUGACCCCGUUGCUGCUGACCUAGAGAUGGCAGCUGGCUUGACUGACAUAUUUAAGCAUGACACAUACUGUGGUGAUGUCUGGAAUACCAACAAAUGCCAGAAUGGGCGACUCAUGUGGCUGCAUCUCAGAUACUGGGAAGUGAUUGUUGAACUGAAGAAGUUUAAGACAGUAGAGAAAGCCAUACUAGAAAAGUAAGAGAAGACUGGAAUAAAACUUCUU